CAUAAUAUUUCAAUAAAAGUAGUACUCAUCUGGAUCUACUUCGUCAAGAAGCUGAAAGUCCGCGUGAGGCAGUAACUAGCAGAUGGUCGUGCGCUUCUUGCUGCGGUUCUUUGACCUCGGUCCCGCUGGUUGUGGCACUUUGGCGGCGCAGCAAGCAAUUUUGUUAUUUUGCGCGCCAGCGUUCGGAUUGGACUUGGAGGGUAGCUUGAGCAACGGAGGAGCCGCGCAUACCUCUUCGCAGAAUGCAGAGCCCAACGCUUCACUGCUGCAAGAGAGCGAGAUACCAGGGGCGCCUGCCCACGGUGAUGCCGGUCCGAGCUCAGCAUCGGGAGAGCUAGCCGCCACGAGCAGAAGUGGAAAAGAUCAGGAUCUCCUCGAUGUCCCAGUAUCGCCACAGGUUGAGCACGUCGCCCUUGGCCAAGACGCCGAGUUCAACUUCUCUUCACCGAGCGACGAAGCAGACACGGAGGGUGAUGAAAGCGUCAUUGGUGCGGCUCAUGAGGCUGCCUCCAUGUUGGCUCCCGCAGGUGGUGGACGAGAAAAAACCAAAAGCAGUGAGCGAUCAUCUCCUUCGUCUUUCGCGGCGAAGACGACCGGCGCAGCAGCGCUUGCGACUGCUCUGGGAAGUGGCCAGCUUGAUGUUCCAUCACCACAAGAUGGCGAUCAUCCGCCGGAGAGCACCGCCAGCAGUACUCGAUCACUUCUGGAGGAAGCAAGCGAUGUGGUGGCUGAUGCGGAGCGCGCUUCUUUUUCUUCUGCGCCAGAUGGAGCGAUGAAGACCAUGGGGGACGACGACCCUUCCCUCGAGCCGAUGAAGCGAGAGUUGCGUGGUCGAAUGCUGCAAGACUUGAAGCGAGAGGUGAUGGAAGAGGUGAGAAAGGAAUUGGCGGGGCAUGAUCUUCUGUACCGGGGGGAGAUCGAGAGGCUUUCCCAGGAGAAUGUGGCGCUGAAGGCGAGAGCUGAGUCGUUUGAGGACGAGACGUGGCGUUCGUUCCAGCGAGUUCGCUUUGGCGGGACCGCAGUGUAUCACAUGCUUCGAUUUCUUCUGUGGGUGUUCAUCGGCACGGCGCGGAGCAGCCAGCAGAUCACGUUUGUACUGCUCUCGUUCGGGUACGCAUUCGUCUUGAUUGGUUCCGCCGCGCCGUGGUACUUGGUAAUGUUCGCUAGUGUCGAAACGCGCCGUCGCUAUUUUUCGCGGGGCCAAGCAAGUACUCGCAGUCGCGGACGCUCCUCCGACCACCUGGCAAAGGACCACCUGCGGGCCGGGACCGAAGCGACGAGGACACAACUGCAGGGAUCCGAGAGUGAAUCGCUGCUUGCGAUUGCUCGCGAAGUCUCUGGUGGUGGUGGUGGUGGUGCCGGCGCUGGAGGAGAAGACGGAAGAAUCCAACGGCGUGAACAAGAGCAGACCCUGCCUCUAGCCAAGCAUGCCGAGUCCGAAGCAGGUGACAAGACGGACGAGGAGGAAGAUGCAGACGACCCGCUGCCAAAUGAUUUCGCGAAGUUCGGGACCCUCUCUUGCGUGUGUCAGCGGCGCGAUUCCGCGGAGGGGCUCGUUUUCACGCUCUCUGUGGUGCUGUAUAUGGUGAGCUCCCUGUUGGCGGUGCCUUCAUUCGAGGCCUACCCGGCGUGGUGCAAGUGGCGAGACGUGGAUGUGCUGCUGCAGGGCAACCCGGGGCUUCCGCGCAUGCAAAACUGGAAGGAAGUGUCCGCUCGGGCAGUCUGGCACGUGUUUCCGAUUUUCUGUUUCGUUUGUGUGGCCGUUUUGCCUUCAACCACCGAUGAGGACGCAAAACUCAGGGUGGCACGCGCAAGGCUUCUCACCAUUCUGCAUGGAGUGAGCGCAUUCGUGGGCACAGCGACGCUCAUGAUUUUCGAGUCGGUACAACUCUUCUGGGGCGAAAACGUGCCGCUCAGUUACUUGUUCGUCAUUUUCAAUUCGCGGGUACCUACCAACUUCAACUUCUGGUCCACUGAAGCGCAGGAUGCCUCUUCGUUCGGUGGUCAGGAUUUGAGGGAGCCCCAUGCUUGGCACGGUGGCUGCAUCGAUUACGAAGCGAAGCCCAUCCCCUGGAAUCGGUGGGCUUACGUGCGUCUGGUAGUGCUGGGCGUCGCUUGGGUACUGGGGCUGUUCUUCAUGUCUUGUGGGAUUCUGCUGGCUGUCUUAGAUGCACCAUGUGCACCAGCGCAGGUCAAGGAUGCUGGUGUCAGGUGUUUGUCUAUCCUGACACUGAAAGUUCGGCUGCAGACAAAAAAACGGCUGGCACGGACGUCUUUUAUUCUCGAAAUCAUUUUUAUGUACUCUUUGUUUGCCCUGCCGCCGCUCAGCGCCUACUCUCGCCUCUACGAUUCGACUUCCGGCGGCUUUCUGCGAACAAGCAACAACUCUUGCACGAAUUGGGUCGACGAGUUUCUUGCCCCCGUUACUUUCCAUCGCUUGCUGGAUUUUGUGCCCCCGGAAAAGCUGUACCUUCGCGGGGAGACGCGGGAAGAGCGAGAAAAAAUGACUCGUUUGUCGUAUUUGGACUUUGCCGCCUGGCCCGCCGUCGCCUUCGAAACAGUAACUGCGAACACGGGCCCACUUCUUCGUAUUUUUGCGUACCAGGACUUGGCUACGGAGCUAAAAUUGAAUCCGCACAACGCAAAACUUUUACAGCAGACGUUUCGUCCCUCGAAACGGCCCGGCAAAAAGCCCUCUCUUUCAACCCUGGUCGACCGUGAAAGUACGUCCAUCCGCGACGGCGAAUUCGCAGAGAAGAUGGCCCACUUCGCAAAACUUGAAGAGAUUAAGCGCAGAAAUAACAACACUGGAACAUAUCGGGAUAUCGACCUGGACGAGGUCCGUUUUCACUACAAGAGAGGUUUUCGGAUGGUGAACAACUCGGCGUGGAACACGACUCGUACUACGGGUGCCGCGCCGCCUGCUCCAACGCCUGGACGGGAGUCAACGUCUUGAGCUGUUACUUCCGUAUUUGCCGGUCUGCCUCACAGCCACACGGUGAAUGAGAAGAAUAGUAGCAGGACGCGUUUUUCAUUUUCAAAGAACAGCUGCAUCAAGGUCGACAUCGCGUUAGGCUUACAAAAACUGUAGUCCGCGUUCGGGGAAUGCAGAAAUUGAAACAGAUUCUGGAAUAUCGAAGGCUCGAGAUUUUACCUAUCAAAAUUAAUAGCCUGAAAUCGCAAAAAAAUAUCGAUCACAGUCUUGUCAAAGCAGAAAAUUUAAAU